AUCGUUAAUAGUGUGAUUUGGCUUUAAAGCAAUAUCCUGAUUGGUCUUUCAACUGAAGUUUGCGUUCUAUGUAUGUGGUUACAGCAGUUCGUGUGCGAAAGCUUCUUCGAUGUUGCAUUAACCAUUACUUAACCGAACUUUCCAGCAAUAUUGUCGCGAAGCGACUAUCUUAAGCGCGAGGGCGGUCCCGGCACGCGGAGUUGUACCUGAGAAUUUUCAGGUCGUUCGUGUGGGAAGAAAUGUCAAACGCUAACACGUAAGCGCCGCGUACACACGCUCGAGUCAGAUCGGCCGAUUGAAUUCCCGGAAAGUGCGGAAAUGUAUAACGCGAGAGCGUGAACAGCUUCAUCCCAAAAGAGGUCCAUCUGACGUCGUCUGGCUGCCUCUGUUCUAGCCUUCCGAAUGAAAAAAUGAGCGAACGAGACGACUCACUCGGUGUAUAACAAGGUCUAGCUGGUAGAAAAAAAAAACGAACACUUCUUCGCAGCUCCUCUCUUCACCCUCCCUCCACCCUCUUUUCUCUCUGUCUUUCUUUCUCUCGCUCUGUUGUGUUUUUUUCUCUCGUCCGUCCGAUGACGCGUGCACGAGUACACGCGUUCUCGUGCACACGCGCAAGUUAUCGCGCGAGCACGACGAUGCAGGCGCAUUAUAUGCGCGGCGACAUAGGCGACAGAGCGAGAUAGCGAAUAAUAUUUAUCCGGGCUCAUUCGCAAUCGGCUGACAAUUUUUCCUGCGAGCACGCGCGCGCCAUUGGUAAUUUCGAUUCGUCAUUUGCGUCAUUCGACGACUUGUGCAGUCGAUACACGCUACUCUUUUAGCCGCUUUCUUCCUCCCUCGCUAGUUCCGUGUUUCAAAAAUCCAAGACACGUCAUUGUCGUCGUCGUCGUCGUCGUCAUCGUCGACGUCGACGUCGACUACCUUUAUCCACCCUUCUCUCCCUAAUUUCGACUACGACCGAUAAUUUGAUUUGCUCUCAAAAUAGGCGUGCAGCUGUGUUAAUCCGAAUUAGAACUUUGCUCCCCUGCCCUUCCCCUCUCUUGCCUUUCCUCUCUCUCUCUCUCUCUCUCUCUCUUCCCCUUCUCUUCUCUGGCUGCCGAGCGUCGCAUCGCGGCGCGACGCGCCGCGACUCGCUUGAACUCAACUCGGCUCCACUCGACGGGAACUCAACAGUCGCGACCGGGCUUGUGCACGGAGCACCACGCGCCGCGUCGCCGAGGCGUCCGUCGGGUCUUUCCUCGUAGCCGCGAACAGCGGAGUCGGCGCGGCAGCGGGCGACACGCGCUUGUUCUAACGUUCGCCGUUUCCUUGGCAGGAAGAGAAUGCGGUUUCGCGCAAAUCCGACUGAGAAGAAACCUACGCGCGACUCCCGGAAGAGACGCGCCUCCGCUCAAACUUGAAGAAUCAAUCCGCGACGGAGAAUCGAUCCGCGAGAAGUUGUCUUGAUCGUUUGAUAUUCGUUCGGAUUAUCGUCAUCGUUGUUAUUGUCGUUGUCGCGGAAUCUAUACAAGGACGGCCGAUAGUCACGGCGAGUCCCGCGUCGCUAUUCUUGAAGCGGCCGCAGAAGGGGAGAGAGAAGAAGCCCUCGGCAAGGGUGGACGCUCGUAACGGAUCGGUUGCUUCCUAGUUUGUCCCCCGCGUUGCAGUCAGCGAGCCGAGUAACUCGCCUCGUCUCGCCUUACCGUGCAAUAAAGCACGCGUGGUGAUUCUCGACGACGGACGUAACGUCCACGCGAAGCGACGUUCUCCACGUCGCUUCCAACGGAAGAGAAAACGCAAAUUCGUCGCUCACAUCAGAGCCUCUCGUUCUCCGCUCAGUGUGCCGUUUCUUAGUAGAUCGGCCGUCGCGCGCGACACUAUCACUCGGCCUCUCUCGGGGCUCUCGCUGCGGAGACACCACGUGGGUGUUAUCGGACUGGAUUUGCCCCCGAGAGGUCGUGGUACGUGGGAGCGAUUACGCGAACGAGUUCAUUCAUCGUGCGGAUUCCAGGCUCGCCGGAAGUGACGACGAGCGACGACUUCCUUGCGCGAGUGGUAGCGCGCGCCACGUAGCGCGCGCGCGCGCGCACUGUACCAGUCGGCGAGUGCAUCGUGUGCACGCAUUCGCGCACGCACGCACGCACGCACGCUGGAGUGUGCUCCGCGCGAGAACGCACACGCGGGCGCGCGUGCUGACCUAGAGGAAGCGAAAGGAGAAGAAGAAAGAGGAUGUCGACUCGCCGGACGACCGCGACCGCGGCGUCGUGCGGCGAGAUGCAGCGUCCUGUUGUCGGUCGACGACGGUCAGUGGCUCUUUGAAGGUUUCGCGUUAUCGACGAUGGUCCUAGGAAUCGGUCGAGCGGAUAACGACUAUUCGAGACGACGAAAGGUCGAAGUUGCUUCUGUCUUGGUCGUUGCUCCUCGUCCGGGCGACUCUCCGCGCGAUUAUGCAGCUGAAGAAAGCGAUGCUUAAGAUAUUCGAUCAAUGCCUGCACUUGCGGAGCAUCGAGGAGCCGAGGAUGACGGCGGAGACGGCGGCUCCCUGUGUGCAGGCGGUACAAGGGACGCAGGGCGCCAUGGCGAGCCAAAGCAUGCUGCAACAGGUGCAGGAUGGAAGCAGCGGCAGCGGCGGCGUCAGCGCUUACUAUUCCUCUACGUCUACCUCGACGGUAUACGAUCCGGAGUAUGCUCGUAUGGAGGCUUGGCUCGACGAGCAUCCCGACUUCGUCAAUGAUUACUUCCUCAGGAAAGCGACACGGCAGACCGUGGACAUGUGGCUGGUUUCGCACGCGACGCCUACGUCAUCGUCCAGCAGCUGCGUAGAGCUGUCGAGUCCGACCCAUGGCGCGGCGCCUGGUAACUCGUCUUCUGGUCGAGGUGGCACCGGCGGCUCGGGCGCCACGACGCCGGUACGCAAGAUCUCGGCACACGAGUUUGAGCGAGGCGGUCUGCUGAAGCCGAUCGUCAACACGAUCGACGGCACGCCGACCUUCUUGAGCGUGUCGCCGGGCGACACGGGUCAACCGGCCGGUCCACAAGUCGGAUCCGGCAACUCGAGCCGGCCGCAGAGGCGAUCUAGGCACGAGCUCAGGCAUCUCGACGAGAAAGAUCUCAUCUUCGAGUUGGUCAAAGACAUCUGUCACGAAUUGGACGUGAGAUCGCUGUGCCACAAGAUUCUGCAGAACGUGAGCACGUUGCUGCACGCGGACCGCGGCUCGCUGUUCCUCGUACAGGGCGAGAGAAGCUGCGCCAUGGCGAACGCGCCGCCGUCCUCGCCGAAUCACGAGGCCGCUGAGACCACUGUCGCCGCCGACUCCGGCGCGAACAACUCCGCCGGCGAGAACUCGCGGUGCAACAAUCAGCAGUGUUACUCGAAGACCAGAUGCUUGGUGUCGAAGCUCUUCGACGUUUGCUCGAGAUCUACGUUGCUGGAGAUGGAAAAGAAGGACGAGAUCAAGAUCCCGUGGGGCACCGGCAUUGUCGGCUACGUUGCUGACAGCGGCGAACCCGUCAAUAUACCGGACGCUUACAAGGACUCGAGGUUUAAUCGCGAAAUCGACGCGUUAACGGGAUACCGUACGCGAGCUUUGCUGUGUAUGCCGAUCAAGGACUGCAACGGUGACGUAAUCGGAGUGGCGCAGGUGAUCAACAAACUCGGCGGCGAGGGACAGUUCACCGCGCAAGACGAAAAGGUCUUCGCCGGUUACUUGCAAUUCUGCGGUAUCGGCUUGAGGAACGCACAACUUUACGAGAAAAGCCAGUUAGAAGUGAAGAGAAAUCAGGUUCUACUGGAUCUGGCUAGGAUGAUCUUCGAGGAGCAAAGCACGAUAGAGCACAUGGUUUUCAGGAUCCUCACGCACACGCAGUCGUUGAUUCAGUGCCAACGUGUUCAGGUGCUGCUCGUACACAAAGCUUCGAAGGGAAGUUUCUCGCGCGUCUUCGACUUCGAGGCGAACGAUCUCGCUGGUGAGGAUUCCGAUUCUCGCACUAGUCCGUUCGAGAGUAGAUUUCCUAUUAAUGUCGGCAUCACGGGUUACGUAGCGACAACCGGUGAAACUGUUAACAUACCGAACGCUUACGAAGACCUGCGAUUCGACCCGAUGGUGGACGAUGGCACCGGCUUCAAACAUCGCACGAUUCUCUGCAUGGCCAUCAAGAAUUCCUCCGGCCAAAUAAUCGGUGUCAUUCAACUGAUCAACAAGUUCGACGAUCUACCUUUCACGAAGAACGACGAGAAUUUCGUCGAGGCUUUCGCGAUAUUCUGCGGAAUGGGAAUUCACAAUACGCACAUGUAUGAAAAGGCUGUGAUAGCGAUGGCGAAACAGAGCGUCACUCUGGAAGUACUAAGUUACCAUGCGUCGGCGUCACUGGAAGACGCGCAGAGACUAAAGACCAUAAGAGUUCCGUCGUCAGCGCAUUUUCAACUACACGAUUUCAAAUUUGACGACAAGCACAUGACAGAUGACGACACUCUCUCCGCGUGUCUCAGGAUGUUCCUUGACUUGGACUUUGUCGAGCGGUUUCACAUCGACUACACGGUGCUCUGUCGUUGGUUACUCAGCGUGAAAAAAAACUAUCGAAAUGUUACAUAUCAUAACUGGCGGCACGCUUUCAACGUGGCUCAAAUGAUGUUCGCCAUUUUAACGGCUACGCAAUGGUGGAAGAUCUUCGGUGAGAUCGAGUGUCUCGCACUCAUCAUUGCUUGUCUGUGCCAUGAUCUUGAUCAUCGCGGAACAAACAAUUCCUUUCAGAUCAAAGCCUCUUCGCCAUUGGCACAACUGUACUCGACUUCAACAAUGGAGCACCACCAUUUCGAUCAGUGCCUCAUGAUCCUGAGCAGUCAGGGCAAUCAAAUCCUAUCGAAUCUUUCGCCGGAGGAGUAUUCACGCGUGGUGAAAGUACUCGAAGAAGCGAUACUCUCCACCGAUCUGGCUGUUUACUUCCGGAAACGCGGCGCCUUUCUUACUAUGGCGCGCAGUGGCUCCUACAACUGGGCAUACACCGAUCACCGAGAGCUUCUACGCGGUAUGCUGAUGACAGUUUGCGACUUGGCCGCCAUCACGAAACCCUGGGACGUCGAGAAAAGGGUAGCCGAACUCGUGAGCAGAGAAUUCUUCGAGCAAGGCGACAUAGAGAGGAAAACGCUCAACAUUACACCUAUCGACAUUAUGAAUCGGGAAAAGCAAGACCAACUGCCCAUGAUGCAAGUCGGCUUCAUCGACUCGAUCUGCCUGCCUAUUUAUGAGGCAUUCGCCCAACUGUCGGACAAACUCGUACCACUUGUUGACGGAGUCAGGGAGAAUAAGCGACACUGGUUGGAGAUCGCAGAAACCAAGUGUGAGGCGGAGAACUGCACAAACCACGACAGGACGCCGUCGCCGUCCGUGUCCGAGAACGAGGAGAUCAGCGAACAAGCGGACCAAUAGCCGUCGUGAGAUCGACGUCACUGGCUACUACUACAAUCGAACGCACAAAAUGCAGCUGUGUAACGCCAUCCGCCAGUCUCGUCGAACAAGGAAACACGAGGAAUAGUUAUGCUUACCACGGAGCGCCUCUCUUCGUGGAAAAUGCACUUCCGCUUUCCUCAUCUCGAUCGCCACGGUCUCCGUGUGUUACGAAUACGCACGGAUCAUUUACACAUUAUAUAACGCACUCUAUUACUACUUCAUUUUCGUCAAUUAGACAUUUAUACGAAUUCUACAGAUCUGCUCUGAUCAAACAGACCAAAUAUAUACAAGCUUCUCGCGUCGAACCGUACAUGUUUAAAAUCAAAAUCGUUCUAUAAAUUCGAUACAGGUUGAAAGAAAGCGAAAUGCACGUCGAGCAGACGAUCUCACGGACUGCGAAGAGAAAGGUCUUCGUUCUUUCUCUCUCUUUCUCCCUCCUUCCCUCUUUUUCUUUUUCUGUCUUACCUUGUUCCUGCAUCCUUUUCCUUCCUCUUUAUGCGUUACCUACCCGUUUUCCUAGAAGCUAAACCGAUCAACCUCCAUAUGCUACUAUUGUACCUGAUUGUAUUUGUACAUAUAUUUACUAUGACAGCCUCUCGACGUGAGGAGAGGUGAAGACAGAGAAAGAGAGAAUGAGGACAUGCGUACGGUGAUUCUAUAAAACAUAUUGCACAAUAGUUUUUAACACGACGCAGCUCGGCUCAGCUCGUUGAAGGACGCAAUGGCGCUGCGCGUAAUUAGGUUAUAUGUAUUUGUAUACCAAAGUGUAAAUUUAUAUCAGGAUCGAUCGCGGCUACAAUUAGUCGCCGACAUAGUGAUUUGAACGGUCUGUAACGUGCGUGCUAAUUAAUUAGCCUAUUGAUUAGCGUCACCGCCGCGGCAGACAUAGUACCUGCAAGCUUCUCAGUUGCUUUCUGUCUUUGCUUUUCUGUUUCCAAGACGUCGUAGAUUCUUCGGAUCAAUUGUGACCUGAACGAGUCGGUCGUUUUCGUCUUCGCAUGGAGCUGUUGUAUCGCUGGACAAAUAUAAUGGAUAAUCGCGAAACAACAGUUAAUACGUUCUCAGCAACAAGAGAAGCCACCGUCUUCAUUAUCUUACCUUUGACACGCAGAUCGCAAAAAACUAUAUAUAUAUAUACACACACACACACACACUCGGAGGUUUAGAAUAUCUCUUCCCCUUUUUUUUGUUGUAUCGUAGUAACUACUUUCGUUGGUUUUCUCUGUAAUAAUUCGUGUACAUAACACAAUCUACGUUAAAGCCCAACAUUACAUUCGUUAACACCACAGAAACAAGCAUAUCAUUAGAUAAUCGCCGCAAUGGGGUAGUAUAGUUCUCGUAUUUCCGAUAUCAUAUCACAUACGGAAAGUGAAAUCGGCGUGCUCGCUCGAGGACAACCGGUAGAUUCGUCCUGAAAGGAGGGGAGGGGGUGCAUAUACCGCGGCUCUGAGAAGACGAAGACAGUUAGGCACUUAGUGAUCGCACGUGUGAUCGUUACUUAUAAUUAUAGAGCGCGUGACUUCCUCUAUGUUCCUUUUAAUCUUGCAACCUUCGAAGUGAUCUUCUGUUUUUUUUUUUUUUCCUUUUUAAUCUUAAUGUCGAUUCUCUCCGAGCGGUACUUGGUUCCGCGUCGGCAGGUAGUCAUCCGUCGGGACGCGGGACAAAGUGUAGCGAAGAUGUUGACGAGUGUGAUAAAAGUUUCUUGAUGUGUGAGUGCAGGUGAGUGACUGUACGCGCGAGUAUGAGUGACUGAAAGGGAAACGCGAGAAUGAUCAUUGUACAUUAUUUUUAUUCCUCUUUUUUGUGUAAAUUAUAUCGUGAAACGCGCUGUACGUAUGGCGUAUUCAUCGUUUAUAACGGUGACAGCGAGAGUCAUAUAUUCUACGAAUAAUAUCUAAUAUAUUAAAGCGAAGAAUAAAUUAUGAAUAUGAGAAUAUGGAGUCAUAGUUCCCCGAUGCUUACUCAUCCACGAUUAAAUCAGAUUAAGCACUUGAUCAAAGAAGAAAAAAAGGAGAAGCUCGCUCAUUCGCGUUUGCACCAAUGUCACGUAUAUGUGUGUGUAUGUGUGACAGCAAAAACAUUUCUUCUUCCAUAUUUCAUUAUCAAAUUAAGUUUGUUUUACACAA